AUGGCCACGCUACUGUACACGAUCAUCGGCAUGACGGCGAGUGCCUCGCUGAACUGCGCGGUCCGGCGCGAGAUCUCGCCCUGCACCUGCUCACCCCGCCUGUUCGCGAACAACAUCGACGUCAAGUGCGAACAGAUGGAGUCGUUCGGGCAGGUCGUCAACGCGCUGCAGGACCGCUUCACCGAGGACCACAACAUCUGGCUGACGAUUUCGCACUCGCAGCUGCUCGAUCUAGCCACGCUGUCGUUCUGGGAGAUGAACAUGAACAUCAAAUCGCUUCGGAUAAACUACGACAACCUGAGUCAGCUUCCGGUUUCAACGUUCAAGAAUCUGCCUCGACUGGACCUGUUCAGCGCGGCGGACAAUCUGCUCGAGGAGAUACCGCCGGACAUGUUCGAGCACAUGCCGAAUCUGGGCACGCUGGAUCUUUCGAACAGUCGCAUAAAGUACAUCGCCAACGAUACGUUCCGGCAUCUGCAGAACUUGCGGCAUCUGUUCAUGGCCACGAAUAAUCUGCAGCGUAUCGACUCGGAUGCACUGCCGAAGACGAUCCAGAAUCUGCAGAUCGGCAUGAACCAGCUGCGCUCGUUGAACGGUAGCAUCCGCCAUUUGGACGAGCUGAAGAUGCUGCUCAUAAGCAAUAACAACAUAACAACGCUCGAAGGUGAGCUACCGCGCGGUCCGAACGGUAACUCCAACCUCAUCAUGAUCAAUGUAGAGGAUAACCAGCUCGAGCAUCUGCCGUCUGAGGUGCGCUAUCUGAAGAACCUGGACUUCCUGAACGUGAUCGGAAACCGACUGCGAUCGCUCGAUGGUCUGUUAGGACGUGCCACGCACCUUACCAAGCUGAACGCCCAACACAAUCAGAUCGAAGAGUUGCGUCGCGAAGAGUUCCUUGAGGCGGAACGCCUGGAGGAGAUCAACCUGGCCGGCAACUGGCUGACGCAUCUGAACGGUUCGCUGCUGAGCUGCAAGGGACUGAUCAAUGCGAACUUUAGCGGCAAUCGGCUUAAGGAAUUUUCGCUGCAGGAGGUCGCCGGACUGCGUAAGCUGCGCAUGUUUGACCUCUCGCACAAUCGCAUCGAGGUGCUGACCGGUCGCAUGGAGAACCUGAUCGAUUCGGGCCUGAUCAUCAGCGAACUGCGGCUGAAUGACAACAGGCUGCAGUCCCUCGACGGUGCGCUGAUGGGGUUGAACAACUUGCGCGUGCUGAACGUGGCCCACAACCAGCUGCAGACGAUCACACCGAACGAUCUGAUCGGCAUGGAAGAGCUGGAGCGGUUGGAUCUAUCCUUUAAUCAGCUCAAAACGCUGGAGGAACUCUCCAAGACGUUCCUGCCAUCGUUAGAGUCACUGAACGCUUCCUACAACCAACUGACGACCAUGCAUAAGGACUUCCACGGGCUGCCGGUUCUCUGCGUGGCCGAUCUUUCCAAGAACAUGAUCCGUGAGCUGUCGAUCGAUCUGGUGUCGAACACGCGCUGCAGUAAUCAUGGCGUUCCGAACCGACUAGAGAUCUUCCUCGAUGAAAACCCUGUCCUGUGCAAUGAAUCACUCCCGGAGCUGAUAAACCAGAUGGAGUUCUACCAUACGCGUCUAAACGGCGUGGCACACUGUAUCGUGCCCCAGCAGAUGCCAGUGGAGACACAAAUCUUCCUCCAGCCACCGAUUGCGAUGCUCCAGCCGCUACUCAAACCGCCCGCUCCGCUCGUGCCCUCCAACGUCAUGAUCCAGCCGCCCUCGAUCGUGCAGAUUCUCGUACCAUCGACGCUCGUUAUGCAGCCUCCGGUCGCCUCAGCCGUAGCACCACCAUCACCUUCAUCCCCGCCCUCUCCAGCGGUCCUGCUUCCGGCCGCUUCCGCCCCAUCGACCAUCCCGAUCGCUCCAAUCCUUCCGGCACUCCCACUGGCACUGGCAACCAUCGCUCCCAUUCCGAUCCUAUUCGAGCAAACAACUCACGUGCCACUGCCGGCGGCCCCUCUUCCACCCGGUGGGGUAGAAGCAAGUGGCCCCGUCCUCCCGAACAGCAUCCCGCAGACGAGCGAACCGGUCGCUGACGACACGCUCAACGAUACGGACGAUGAGCAGCAGAUGGGUGUCAGUGUACUCACCAUUCCGCAGCAGCAGCCCUACGACGAGCUGAAGUACGAUGCGGCUCCGGAGCCGGACCCACGCGAUCCAGCCAGUCCACCAACGCACCAUCCGACGCUGCUGCUAGGUCACGCGUCGGACGAUAACAACGACGUGGCCCGGUCGAACCUCGGAGUCGACGGUGCCACCAGCACCACCACCAUGCAGACGAUACUGGAGUUCAAGAACCUCAUCCACGACAGCAGCUAUGGUGGCGGUGGUGUCGUUGCAACCGGCGGCUCGAUGCUGGUGCUGCCACCGGAGGUUCUGCCACUUCCGCUCGACAAAGCGCAGGGUCUUUCGACGGAGCCCGAAGAGGAACCACCGGAAACGCAGCAGGACCAGAGUAUUGAUCUGGACGAGUUGCAAUGAACACCCGCUCGGAGGGUGUGAAGGAACCGAAGAUGUCGUCAGCUGACGAGGAGUGGAGAAGCUUCCGAUGUUUAAAGGGGGCUCCAGCAAUUUAUUGUUUAUUUAUAUGCCAUGAUGGGGGAAGCAAAAAGGGAGGAUACCACGGGGAAGGGAGGACGGUGAAUUUUUUUUUUAUUAAACGAUACAACACAUGACUGAAUGGUGGUUUCUGGUGGUUUACCGUCCUCCUCAUCCUGUUUUUUUUUUUCUGAACAAGAAGUGUGUGUUUGUCGAACAAGGAGAGGUUGAGAUCAAAACGGGUCACGAAAGGAAUGGACCAUUGGCCACUACCCAUGUAUCCCCUAAUUCUUGGGCUGGUCGAAACAUUCAUCCAGGAAGGCUUGCCUAUCGAAAAAGGACCGAAUUUCACACUACGAACGACAAAACCGGGUUCAUCUUUUGUUGGCUUUUUAGUACAUUUGUGUACCAGUGCGUAUGUGUGUGAAAGAAGAAUAAUACGUAUGGUUGUGUAAGCGUGUGUGUGCUUGUGAGUGUCUGUGUGUGUGUGUGUGAGUGAGUGAGCGUGUGCGUGUGUGUGUUUGAUGAAUCUGACUAGAGAAGGUACAGGAAAGGGAAAACACUAGGAAGCACAAAGGUGCGUUUUUAUCAGAUUGUGUUGCAUUCACCUAGCUUAGUAGAUGCUUUCUCCAAUCAGUCACUGUAGGAGUAACGGUUGAGUAUCGUCUCUUCUUAUCACACGUGUAUGCAUACCAAAUUUAGGAUACAUGGCGGAUCGGGUUUCUUCCCCCCUUCCCCUGAUAGUGCCAUGCUUGAUCGUCUUUUCUCCAACUGCUUUGUGCUUGCCAUGUAAGACGCGAGGCCAUACUUUUUAGUGCGUAGAUAAACUGCGUCCUCCUUUUCCUGUCGUUUGCUAGAGAUCGGGGAAAUAAUGAAUGCGAAAGUCUAUCGCAAAUGUAACACUCAAGCGAAAUGAUUAAAGUCAAUAAGUCGAACCAAACAAUACCCUAAAAACCCAAGAAAAAGCAUGAAGUAAAAGAAACGAACGAACAAACAAGUAACAGAAGUAAUGAAUCAUUAGGGAUUAGCUUCCCACAUCACCUGCGCAGCACCUGGAUCAUACAGUAGGGCAUUAACUACGGCUUUUUUUCCUGCUAAAUAAAAAAUGCGAGCACAAACAUUGAAUGAUGCGAUUAACAAUGUGAUUGGAAGAGAAUGAUUUGUAAGAUGCACGCAAAUUCGGAUCGGAAAACGGACAUUGAGAGCCCCAGUUUCAAAUGAACAUAUUAAACAUUUGUAAUGUUAAUAAUACUUCUGGUAGACUUCUAGCGACUAUGAUAGGUGAAGAUAAACAUGUUUUAUAAAUGAUAAACGUAGUGCAGAUAAUAGCAACACUAGAAGUAGCUUUAAUGUAAGCAGAAAGAUUGAAAAUACAAACGGACAACAACAAAAAUAUGGAGCAAAAGCAACCCAAGUGAUUGUAUGUUUUGGUUGAACCGGAUCUAAGGCAAGCGGAAAGGCUGUAGAUGAUGCAAACCAACGUAACUAACUGAACUACAAACACACGCCAUCAGAAUGCAUAGGAAUUUGGCGAACAAAAUAUGCGGCGAAUGGUGGAGCAAGGAAAUACAGUAAUAGUCAGUAUGUUUGAGCAUUAGAAUCUUUUUUUCGCGUAGCAAAGAAAAGGAAGUUACGCCAGAAAGCCUUUAGUAGAUGGUUUGAAUAGUGUAGUGUAGUGUAAUGUUAAUGUCAUACAUUCAACGAUAAAACAAAACAAUGAUGAAUUAUUCAAGAUUAUAACACGGAUCAAACUCGUUGCUUGUGCCACCGAUCAGCGUCCAAACAAAAAAAAUACUGUAAGGCUGCGGUUUUCCAAUAUGUAUUGCUUCUUCGAUUAGAGUAAAUUGAAUUGCAAAUAAAUCUAAAAACAA